AUGGCUGAUGAUGUUAUUGAGCUGAAUGUCGGCGGAACGCAUUAUAGCACCACCCGUCAAACUUUGAUGAAGGAACCGGAAACGCUACUUUUCAGAAUAGCAAACUCUUCAUCAUCGCUUCCGAAGGGAGUAAUUAGGCUCGACAACAACAAAUAUUUCAUCGAUCGAGAUGGAAUUCUGUUUUCACAUAUUCUAAACUAUCUGAGGACAGAAAAGCUAAUUUUGCCUGAUGGCUUCAAAGAGACGAGCCGUUUACGAGACGAAAUCGAAUACUACGAGGUCGAGAAGCUACGGGAGGCACUCAUCCCACACCUAUCAUCGCCGAACUCUCUAAAACCAAAGCUGUCCAAUGGCGGUUUGUAUACUGGUGACACUGGAGGUUAUAUCACUCUCGGUUACCGAGGCACUUUCGCAUUUGGAAGAGACGGACAGGCCGAUGUCAAGUUCCGGAAAUUGCACAGAAUCCUCGUUUGUGGACGAGCAUCACUUUGCCGUGAAGUGUUCGGAGAAACGUUGAAUGAAAGUCGAGACCCUGGCGGAGAUGAUGGUGAACGUUACACCUCACGUCUGUAUCUCAAGCAUCAAUGCCUUGAACGUGCAUGCGAUGUUAUGGCGGAAAAAGGUUUCAAGUUGGUUGCAACAUGUUGUAGUGGAGCAAACGGACUUGCUGCAAAUCAUCCUGUCGUCUCCGGCGCACUAAGCGGUGCGAGCCAAUCGGAUUUGAUGAACCACCGAAACUGCGGCGACUUCGAGGAGCAGCGAUGGGCGCAUUACACCGAGUACGUGUUUUACAGAGAAAAUCAAGGCGGAACAUUAACGCCAUCUCCAAGAGAUCUCUAA